AUGUUUCUGGAUGUAGUCCUUCGCAUACAGAAUGCAGGGUCUGAAGGUGAGUUUUUUUUGGCUACCAAUCCUGAAUUAUCUGGUUCACCUCCAAGGAAGGCUCCACCAGCUAUUCCUUUUGUGGCCCCAUCACCCAUUAUGUCAGACAUAACAUCACUCCCCUUUGAGGCAACAGAAGAGGAUGAACCAGUUAUAUCCAACUCAAAAUCUUUUAACUCGGGCCUAGCUCAGAAUUUAACUAUUGAUGACAUUGAUGAUUUUGAGGAUGAUGAUCAUUUGGAGGAACUGAAUAGUCGCUGGUAUUCAAGGAGAACAAUGAAUGAUACUGUUGAUCUUGUUGUGGGUUUACCUUCACUUGCAACAGGUAUAACUGAUGACGAUCUUCGUGAAUCUGCCUAUGAAAUCCUUCUGGCUGCUGCAGGAGCUUCGGGGGGACUUAUAGUGCCAUCAAAGGAGAAGAAAAAAGAAAAGAAAUCCAAAUUGUUGAAGAAGAUUGGAAGGAGUAAGAGUGAACAAGUUACAAAUCAAUCCCAACAAUCGACUGGUUUGACUGGCCUACUGGAGACAAUGUGUGUCCAGAUGGAGAUUUCUGAGGCGAUGGACAUUAGAACAAGACAAGGGCUACUCAAUGCAAUGGCUGGAAAAGUGGGGAAAAGAAUGGAUGCUCUUUUGAUUCCUCUCGAGUUAUUAUCCUAUGUUUCUCAAACCGAAUUUUCUAACAAAAAAGCUUACAUAAGAUGGCAAAAGAGACAAUUGAAUAUGUUGGAGGAAGGACUUGUGAAUCACCUAGUUGUGGGAUUUGGAGAAUCUGGUCGCAAAGCAAGUGAAAUGAGGAUUCUAUUGGCAAGAAUUGAAGAAUCUGAGUCAUUUGCACCUUCUGUGGGUGAACUUCAACGCAUAGAAUUUUUGAGAUCUUUGAGGGAGAUUGCCAUUGCACUUGCAGAGAGGCCAGCUCGUGGUAAUUUAACUGGUGAAUUAUGUCAUUGGGAAGAUGGGUAUCAUUUGAAUGUCAGAUUAUAUGAGAAACUUCUUUCCAGCAUUUUUGAUGUUUUAGAUGAGGGGAAACUAACUGAGGAAGUGGAAGAAAUACUUGAACUUCUAAAGUCAACGUGGCGUAUCUUGGGAAUAACAGAGACUAUUCACCACACGUGUUAUGCAUGGGUGCUAUUUCGCCAGUUUGUGAAAGCAAAAUUGCUAGCUGGAAUUGCCCUUGGUUAUGUUUAUGGUGGAUGGGUAAAUUUGGCAAGAGAACAGAACACUGAAGAAUAUCUUCCGUCACCACCACCAUUCGACCGUCGUCCUCCACCACCAUUGUUUGACCAUCGUCUGCCACAACCACAAUUUGCCAUAUCCAUCUCCACCUAA